CCAUCCAUAGCUUGUCUGUGACUGUGACCGGCGCAGGUCCAACGACGUUUGUAUCGUGAACAUAAUGCUAAUUAUUUUCUCGAAUUAAGUGUGGAAUAAUUCGUGAUUUUGUACUUAUUUAACCAUUCAAUUUGGGCACCAUGUCACAAACCGAAGAACCCAUGGAAGUAGCAGAUGUUGGGGAGAAUUCCAAUGGCUCUUCAAGCGACACCACUUCGUCGAGAGGUAAAGAAGGCGACUUCGAAAGUAAGAUUGAAACUGACCGUUCAAAGCGAUUCGACUUUUUGUUGAAACAAACUGAAAUUUUCUCGCAUUUUAUGACAAACACACCAAAAUCUGGAAGCAGUCCUCCAAAAGCGAAAGCAGGAAGACCAAAGAAAAACAAAGAUCUUGAUACGUCUGGGUCUGCGGGCGAUCAUCGCCACCGCAAAACAGAACAAGAGGAAGAUGAGGAGCUGCUUGCAGAGACUAACACAAAGGUUAAGAGCAUCUUUAGAUUUGAGUCCUCUCCGCCAUACAUUAAGAAUGGAGAGAUGCGAGAUUACCAAGUUCGUGGCCUCAAUUGGAUGAUAUCACUUUAUGAAAACGGAAUUAAUGGGAUUCUUGCUGAUGAGAUGGGCCUUGGAAAAACUUUACAGACAAUAUCACUGCUUGGUUAUAUGAAAAGUUUUAAAAACAUUCCUGGACCACAUAUUGUGAUUGUGCCAAAAUCAACACUUACAAAUUGGAUGAAUGAGUUCAAGAAAUGGUGUCCUUCCUUGAAAGCUGUAUGUUUAAUUGGAGACCAAGAUACAAGGAACACAUUCAUCCGCGAAACCCUAAUGCCAGGCAACUGGGAUGUCUGUAUCACAUCAUAUGAAAUGAUCAUCAGAGAACGCUCAGUAUUCAAAAAGUUCACAUGGCGCUACAUGGUGAUUGACGAAGCCCACAGAAUCAAGAACGAGAAGUCCAAGCUGUCGGAGUUGCUCCGGGAGUUUAAGAGUAUGAACAGACUGCUGUUAACUGGUACUCCGCUACAGAACAAUCUUCACGAACUGUGGGCUCUGCUCAACUUCUUGUUGCCUGAUGUCUUUAAUAGUUCUGAUGACUUUGACUCGUGGUUCAACACAAACGCAGCACUCGGUGACAAUCAGCUAGUGUCUCGGCUGCAUGCUGUGCUGAGGCCGUUCUUGCUCAGACGUCUUAAAGCGGAAGUGGAGAAGAAACUGAAACCUAAGAAGGAGCUGAAAGUAUACGUGGGUCUGAGCAAAAUGCAGAGAGAUUGGUACACAAAGGUUCUAAUGAAGGAUAUUGAUGUUGUGAACGGUGCCGGUAAGGUGGAGAAGAUGCGACUGCAGAACAUUCUAAUGCAGCUCCGCAAGUGCUGCAACCACCCGUACCUGUUCGACGGCGCGGAGCCCGGCCCGCCCUACACCACGGACGAGCACCUCGUGUACAACUGCGGCAAGCUCGCCAUCCUCGACAAGCUGCUGCCCAAAAUGCAGGAGCAGGGCUCCAGGGUGCUCAUCUUCUCGCAGAUGACCAGGAUGCUGGAUAUACUGGAGGAUUAUUGCCAUUGGAGACAGUAUAAGUACUGCAGGCUGGACGGGCAGACGCCGCACGAGGAUCGCAACCGGCAGAUCGAGGAGUACAACGCGGAAGGCAGCGACAAGUUCGUGUUCAUGCUGUCCACGCGCGCGGGCGGGCUCGGCAUCAACCUCACCUCCGCGGAUGUCGUCAUCAUCUACGACUCCGACUGGAACCCGCAGAUGGACCUGCAGGCCAUGGACCGAGCGCACAGGAUUGGACAGAAGAAGCAGGUGCGAGUGUUCCGUCUCAUCACGGAGAAUACAGUCGAGGAGAAAAUCGUGGAGCGCGCCGAAGUGAAGCUACGGCUCGACAAGUUGGUCAUCCAGUCCGGCCGCCUGGUCGACCAGAAGAACCAGCUCAACAAGGACGAGAUGCUGAACAUGAUCCGCCACGGCGCCAACCAUGUCUUCUCCUCCAAGGACUCGGAGAUCACUGAUGAGGAUAUCGACUCCAUUCUGGCUAAAGGGGAAACUAAGACCGAAGAGUUGAAGCAAAAGUUGGAGAGCCUCGGCGAGUCUUCACUAAGGGCUUUCUCCAUGGACACUCCGGGCGCCACGACAGAUUCUGUUUAUCAGUUUGAAGGCGAGGACUACCGCGAGAAGCAGAAGGUGCUGCCGAUGGGCAGCUGGAUCGAGCCGCCCAAGCGCGAGCGCAAGGCCAACUACGCCGUGGACGCGUACUUCCGCGAGGCGCUGCGCGUCUCCGAGCCCAAGGCGCCCAAGGUGCAGGCGCCGCGGCCGCCGAAGCAGCCCAUCGUGCAGGACUUCCAGUUCUUCCCGCCCAGGCUGUUCGAGCUACUCGACCAGGAGAUCUACCACUACAGGAAGACGUUGGGCUACAAAGUGCCUCGCAACCCGGAGCUGGGUCCGGACGCGGCCAAGAUCCAGCGCGAGGAGCAACGCAAGAUCGACGACGCGGAGGCGCUCUCUGAAGAGGAGGUCCAGGAAAAAGAACAACUACUCACACAAGGUUUCACUACUUGGACCAAACGGGAUUUCAAUCAAUUCAUUAAGGCUAAUGAAAAAUAUGGCAGAGACGACAUCGAUAACAUCGCUAAAGAUGUCGAAGGCAAGACUCCUGAGGAGGUUAUGGAGUACUCGGCAGUAUUCUGGGAGAGAUGCCAUGAGCUGCAAGACAUUGACCGUAUAAUGGGACAGAUAGAGAGGGGAGAAGCGAAGAUACAACGAAGGGCCUCCAUCAAGAAAGCACUGGACGCCAAAAUGGCUCGCUACAGAGCUCCCUUCCACCAGCUCAGGAUUUCGUACGGCACGAACAAAGGCAAAAACUAUGUUGAAGAAGAGGACAGGUUCCUGGUGUGCAUGCUGCACAAGCUGGGCUUCGACAAGGAGAACGUGUACGAGGAGCUGCGCGCGGCCGUGCACGCGGCGCCGCAGUUCCGCUUCGACUGGUUCCUCAAGUCGCGCACCGCCGUCGAGCUGCAGCGCAGAUGUAAUACGCUAAUCACGCUAAUCGAAAGAGAAAACCAAGAGCUAGAGGAGAAGGAACGGGCGGAAAAGAAGAAAAAGGGCGGUCCCGCCAACCAGAACACCCCCAGCGGAACCUCCAAGGGCGCCGCCAAUAAGCGCAAGGCCGACAACACGCCCGACAACGCGCAGAAACACAAGAAGAAGAGGAAAUGAGCCGCGGCCGGCCGACUCCGAGCCGGACACGCCCACACACGGUCUACCUUA